CAAUCACUCGCUUUGUCGACGGUAGUAGCGAGGAAGCAAACAAGCAAGAAGCAUGCAGUCGUCCUCGGCCGCCGCCCGCAUCGCCUCGCGUCGGUCACACCGCAAGUCGCGCUCCGGCUGUGCCAACUGCAAGAGGCGUAGGAUCAAGUGCGACGAGAAGAAACCAGCCUGCACAAACUGCAUCCGUCACUCCAUCCGCUGCGACUUUCUGCAAGGCACAGCAUCAUCAUCCGCGCCUAGCACAACGCCAGGCGCAUCCCAAUCCCAAACCACGCCCACGACCUUAAUCACCCCGCCCACCAUCCCGCCCUCCCUCUCCUCGCCCCCCUCCCCCACGCUCAACAUCGCCGACCUCGAACUCCUGCACAACUACUGCACCUCAACCGCGCAAACCAUGUCGCCGCUGCCCGCCCUGCGCAGCCUCUACCGGAUCAACGUGCCAGAAAUCGGCUUCGCCUUCCCCUUCGUCAUGCACGGCAUCCUAGCCAUGUCAGCCAUCCACCUCAGCCAUUUCAAGCCCGCGCGCGCAGACUACUACCGUGCGCAGGCGUUCGCGCACCACGACCUGGGGCUGCGCGAAGCCUCGGCCCUCCUACAGACAAACAUCACCGAGCAGAACUGCCACGCCCUGUACAUCUUCACCAUCUUCAUGUGCAUCUUCACGCUGGGCAAGGGCCCCAAGCCGGGCGAGUUCCUCCUCUUUAGCGACAAGGGCAUCGCCGAGUGGCUCGUCCUCUUCCGCGGCAUCCGCUCCAUCAUCGAAAUGGCGCCCGACUCUAUCAAGAACGGGCCCUUGGGACCCAUGUUUUCGUCGGCCGUGCGCCGCCUGCAGAUGCAGCACGGGGCCGACCUGCCCGAGAACGAGAACAUAACGCACCUGCGCGCCUUCAUCCACGACACGACGCCCGCGCCCCUGCGGCCCACCUACCUGACCGCACUAAACGACCUUUCGCGCUCGCUCGCGUGGGUGACCUCUUCCCCGGCGCCAGCAUACGAGUCGCAGUCGACGUUCCGGUGGCUGUACUGCGUGGACAACGAGUUUGUGGCGCUGCUGCAGCAGCGCAAGCCCGAGGCGCUGGCCAUCUUUGCGCACUUUUGCGUGCUGCUGAAGCAGCUGGAUAGUGCGUGGUGGAUGCGCGGCUGGAUGUGCCAUCUUAUUGCGGGCAUUUAUUACGCCCUGGAUGAGGAGUUUAGGGCGUUGAUUAGGUGGCCGAUGGAGGAGAUUGGCUGGUUGCCGGCUUAG